UUGAUGGCGAGACGACCCAUCUCAAUUUAUUUGGAUUGAAAUGUAGUAGGAUAACAUCUACAUGGAAGAACAGAAAGUCUUGAGGUAUCAAGGGGACACCAUCCAUCCCCUAGAUGUGUCCGGGCACAGGAAAAUUGCUCGGGCACCGGGCAGUCUCGCGGUCUACCAUACCACCCGCCUCUGUGAAAGGCUGAUUCAGCCCAAGAAUGAGUUUGACCUCAAUGACCCCAGGGGCUCUCUGAUCAACUCCGAGUAUAACAGCCUCCAUGAUCCCUACCUGAGAGGCUACCUCUACCGCAAGGACAUCCACCGGAGACUCAUUAAAGGCGGCUUCAUCACAAAGGAUGAUAAAGUGAUCUGCUCUCUUAGGAGUUUGAACAGGUACAGAGAACACGUGGCGGACGUGGAGAAAGUAUGGGGCUACUCAUUCAGGGCGGAACAGAAGGAGGUGGUCCGAACAUUCCUGACUUUGCAAGAGCAGGGAAGGAUCAGCUCUGAUGUGACUGUGGCCGAUGUGACCGACUGGAUUUGGCGGUCCAUGCCAGACUUGAGACUGCAGCAUCUCCCUGCCAUUGCUAAGAGGUGCAGUGCCAUAGAGGUCUCCCCGGGCUCCACUGGCAGAUCUGAACUGAUGUGGAGCGCUAGAGGCAUUCGGAUGAGGGAGGAGAUCACUAGGGAGGUACAGAGGGAGAUGAGACUCGAACGUCGCUGGGUUGUCUCCAAAAUCAACAAGGAAAAGAAGAGGGAGGAACAGAUUCAGAGGAAACUAAAGAAAGUGAAAAAAACUGUAAAACCGAAAAGCAAAAAGGAAUAUCAGGAACGUCUUCUGAGUGAAGACCCACACUUACUGCCUGAGGAGACUGAAAAUGGUAUAGGAGGCCAGGGGGAACCCUCCCAAUCCCUGGAUGUGUCCCCAUCCCUGCCUGCCUCUCCCAAAGUACCUUCCCCCAGCGGAGACGUGACAACUAAGCUGUGUGAAAGGGUGAAUUCUGGUGUAUCGAGAACGGCAUCUCCACAAAAGUCUCCAUGUCUACAUUCACCCCCUCAAGCAGAUCUUGACCUCAUCUUUCCCUUAACACCAAAUGACAUAGUUCGCUCCAGCCAGCAAAACUCACCAGAGAGAAACAUUUCUCUUGUCAAGCAGCAUCCUUUUUCUGAUGCAAAGAAGAAACUCUCUGAAAUAUGCCAGAAACUGAUCAUCAAGCCAUCAACUUCUGCAUGUGGAAUCAUUCGUGGGAGGAUGCCGUCAGCUGAACAAAUCUCCUCAUGUCUGCUUGAUAUUCAGCAAACAUUACUAGAGAAUCAUUUCAAAGGAAUGGUGACAUCUGAGGAACUGCAGUUAGUGCUUCGAGGCAUAGCGGUGACUUUGCUGGAGGAGGUCAACGACAUCCUGAUUCCGGCCAUCAUUGCCUUUGAGUACGAGCGAGUACUGCCUGCCAACAGCCCAAGGGAUCUCUCCUCUUGCUACGAUACAUCCUCCACUACCUCCAAAAUCUCUCCCGUAAGCAGCAGUUCGCUGGGCUCAGCGCCAGAGGUCCAUGUGACGUACCCCAACUACAUGCUGCCCACCAGUAGGGGUGCGAGCCGGGUGGAGCUGUGGAGCGCCAGCUCUCCAGAGGAUGGUCAGAACGACGACCGGCGUAGUCUCAGGAAGAAAGUGGUCGCUCCCACCGCUGGCCUUCUGCUGAAGGUGGAGAACCUAAUUAAGGACAUCAUCACAGACUCAGUGGAUGUCUUCACUACGGAGACGGGCCAAGUGAACGGCACGGCGACUGUAAGCAUUGCUGAAUGUGCAGAGGGAAAAAUAACUAAAUCUGAUGCUAAAAUCCAAGAGACCAAGUCUGAGGAUAAGAGAGAGAUGGAAGUUAGUGCAGAGAGGUGUUGUACGGUUUCUCCUGAAACUACAGAUAGUACCACUGCUGUUACCACAGAAGCCAUUCCUGUUGUCACCACCAAAUCUGAUGCUGAAAUCCAAGAGACCAAGCCUGAGGAUAAGAGUGAGAUGGAAGUUUGUGCAGAGACUCCAGAAACUACAGAUAGUACCACUGCUGUUACAAUCAAUACCACCACUGAUGUCACCAUUGCUGAUGUCAUUGCUACCACAGAUAAAACUGCUGUUGUAACCAUGAAUACCACCACAACUCUUGCCACCAUGGAUACCACCACCACUGCCGUCAUCACGGAUGUCACUGCUGGCCUCACCAUGGAAACCAACACCACUGCUGUCACCACGGAUGCCACAGCUGUUGCUGUCGCUAUGGAUACUACCUUUGUUGAUCAUGACUUCAGCUCUAACCAUCAUCUUGUUGAACAGUCAUCUGAUAACAUCAGGAAGGACUCUGCGCAGCAGCUUGAGGCAAAUGAUGCGAUGAGUGACCACCCAGAAUUCAGCGGGAGUGAAGCAAGCCACGAAGACAGCACCAGCUCUGAUGCCUCGUCUGGUUUCGUGGUCAGUCUGGAGAGGAGCAUCCUGCUGUCCUCGGACCAGGUGGACGAGAUCCUUGAGAAGGUGAGGUUCGCCCUGGAGGAGGAGCGUCCAAGCAGCUGGCUUCAUUCCGAGCCGUCCUCGCCCGAAGACGGACACAAAGAGAGACACAAAGACGCUGAGAUGGCGUCCCCUCCGCCUAAUAGUGUGAUCUUCGCCAUCAUCCAGAAGAUGCAGCUGGAUAAGUACCUACAGAGGAAGCUGAUGUCCUUCUUUGCAGGAAGGCAGAUGACGAGCCCGGGAAGUCCGUCCAUGUCUCCCAUGGCCGUCAGCUCCCACCCUGGAGCUCAAGAGAGCCUUUCCUGGAACUCCUUCUCGGAGAUCAACCCCCACUCCAUCAAGGUGACCAAGUGGCUCCUUCAGACCAUUCAGAGACGCAACAGCUGGCAGGACAGCAUGACCUCUGAAGUGCAAGAGAUGGACGGCCAGCAAUUCAGAGAGAAGCAUCUCAUCUGUGAGGUUAUCCAGGCUCUGCUGGACCACCUAAACGAUGUAAGUUCCACGCGGAGCCUCAGCCGACAGACGCAGUCCGAGAGCGACGUGCGCGCAGGUGUCACAGCCAAGGUGCACGUGGAUGCUGUGGUGUCAGACACAUCUCUUGCGGCGAGCGAGCUCACAAAGGAUGUUGUGGCAAAACUUCUCCUUGAAGAUAACAGCCCUUAAGUGCACUCACUACGAACAAUCUUAACAGACUUGAAAAUAAACAUUUUUCUAACCUAGA